UACUACUAUUGUGAUAAUAUCGAGUAAUUACUAUUUUAUAUAAUUAUUUACAAAAUAGAAUGUUUAUUAUAAUUAGAUGAUUAUGCUAUGCCAACGUGAGAGGUGUAACCUUUUCUCCCAAACCACACUGCAACAGAUUGGCCCCUUGAUUGGGGAUCAUAGGAGGCGAUUGAAUCUCCCAACCGCCACAUCAUAUCUGAAACCUCGUAACCGCCAACCACGUCAUGACCAUGUUUUCUGAAGAUGACCAAAAAAAUUUAACAGCCACAAACCAUUUAUAAGAAAAAUGUAACUGCAACUGCAUAGAAGAGUUCAAAGAUGACAAAAAGAUACGCAAUUUUGCAGAAGAAACUGCAAGAACUUGAAUACGAACUCGUUCAAGUGUUCGCUCUUCCAGCAGAAACACCGUGCCACCAACUUCUCUCCGAAGGUAUAGAGCAAAGGUUUCUGUUUCUGACCAAUCUUUUAUCAGCAGAGAUUGCUUCAAACCCAUCAAAGCCUCACCACUUACACCACAUUGCCCAGAGACUCACUGAACUCGAGACCGCAUUUCGCGACUGGGACGAUUACAGAAUUUCAGUGGUUAAUAAUUUCGAGACUGGUUCGAUAUGUUCAUGCACUCAAUCAUGUCUCAAUGAUGACGGAGAGGUUUUGGGUGAUCUAGGUUCUCCGGUUUACGAUGUCCCGGAAACUUUUUAUGAAGCGGUGGUGGAAGAAGAGGUGGCGGAGGAGACGGUGAAGGUUGAGAAAGAGGAAGGGAGAGUUUGGGUUUGGGGGUAUUGUGGGGUGAUGGCUAGUGGAGUGGUGCUUGGAGCAGUUUCUAUGGCGUUUGUGAUGGUAAGGUUUUCAGGUUGUUUUGUUUACAUGGCAAGUGAAGGCUUUCUUAUUCCUACCUAGUGGAAGGAAGUGGUUAAUAAUGCUUUGUGUUUG